CGAAACUCUUCUUUCAACUGAAUCCGCCGCAAUUUGUAUCAAAAAGUUUCAUGAAGAACCUCCACCACCACCUCCACCAUCUCCCCUUCAAUCCCCAACCCACUUUCCUCUCCUCCGACAACCAAAUCCUCCACCUCUUAAAAACCGGCGCCCUCUCCCAAGCCCUCACCCUCCUAAACACCUCCCAACCCACCCUCUCCCUCAAACCCGUCAUCUACGCUUCCCUCCUCCAAACCUGCGUCAAAACCUCCUCCUUCCACCACGGCACCUCCGUCCACUCCCACGUCCUCAAAUCCGGACUCCUCUCCGACCGCUUCGUCGGCAACAGCCUCCUCACUCUCUACUUCAAACUAAACCCCGGCCCCCGUUUGUCCCACGCCCGUCAACUCUUCGACUCACUCUCCAUCAAAGAUGUCAUCUCAUGGACUUCCCUCAUCUCCGGUUACACCCGAUCCGCCCUCCCACAUCACUCCAUUUCUCUCUUCCAUCAAAUGUUAAACUUUCCCAUUCAGCCCAACGCUUUCACUCUCUCUUCCGUUAUCAAAGCAUGUUCGCAGCUUAAUAACCUACCCCUCGGCCGUUGCUUUCAUUCCAUGGUUAUAUCACGCGGGUUUGAUUGGAAUACUGUUGUUUCUUGUUCGUUGAUUGAUAUGUAUGGUUGGUGUCACGCGGUCGAGGAUGCGCGGAAGGUGUUCGAGGAUUUGCAUGAACGAGACAAUGUGUUUUGUUGGACUGCGAUUGUGUCUGCGUAUACGCGGAAUGAUAUGUUUAAAGAGGGGUUGAGGUUGUUUUAUGUUAUGCAGAGGGUUCUUGGGUUGGUUCCGGAUGGGUUUACGUUUGGGACGGUGUUGACUGCUUGUGCUAAUUUGGGGUUGUUGAGGCAAGGGAAGGAGGUUCAUGCUAAGGUUGUUGGUUUGGGUUUUGGUGGGAAUGUUGUUGUUGAGAGUAGUUUGUUGGAUAUGUAUGGGAAAUGUGGGUGUGUUAAGCUUUCUAGGAUUGUGUUUGAUAGGUUGAGUGAUGAUAAGAAUUCGGUGUCAUGGACUGCGAUGCUUGGUGUGUAUUGUCAGAAUAAGGAGUAUCAAAAUGUGCUUGAUCUUGUUAGGGAGAGGGGGGUUGUGGAUUUUUACGCGUUUGGGAUUGUUCUUCGUGCGUGUUCGGGGUUGGCUGCGGUGAAUCAUGGGAAGGAGGUUCAUUGUAAGUAUGUGAGGAAAGGUGGUUGGAAAGAUGUUAUAAUUGAGUCUGCGUUGGUUGAUUUGUAUGCUAAAUGUGGUAUGGUUGAUUUUGCACGUACGGUGUUUGUGCGUAUGGAGGUUAGGAAUUUGAUCACGUGGAACUCGAUGAUUAGUGGGUUCGCGCAGAAUGGAAGAGGGGUUGAGGCGUUGGCGUUGUUUGAGGAUAUGAUUAAGGAAGGGAUUAAACCUGAUUCCAUCACUUUUGUUGCGGUUCUCUUUGCUUGUAGUCAUGCGGGUUUGGUUGAUGAAGGGAGAAGGUUUUUUGCUUUGAUGGGGGAAUAUGGGAUUAAGCCUGUUGUGGAACAUUAUAAUUGCAUGAUUGAUCUUUUGGGGCGUGCUGAGUUUAUAGAGGAGGCUGAGUGUUUGUUGGAAAAUGCAGAUUGCAAAUAUGAUAAAUCACUUUGGGCAGCUCUUCUUGGAGCUUGUACUAAAUGUUCUGACUAUGACACUGCCGAACGCAUCGCGAAGAAGAUGAUUGAAUUGGAGCCUAACUUCCAUUUGAGCUAUGUUCUGCUUGGUAACAUUUACAGAGAAGUUGGCCGGUGGGACGAUGCUGUGGAGAUCAGGAAGCUGAUGGAAGAUAGAGGGGUUAAGAAGUUGCCUGGUAAGAGCUGGAUUGAUAGUGAAAAUCGGAAGGGUUCUCAUAUGAACGUUCAUACGGAAAAAAGUGUUUCUAGCAUGCGGGAAGCUAUUUCAUGACCAACGUUUUAAACUAUGGUCAUAUAGUUACAAUUAGAUUUGACUCAUGUUAAGUCAUUGUUGCAGUUACACUAUGACUCUUAAAAUUUCAGAUAAAUGCAACAAAUGUGGCUGCAACUUCUUAUACAGUGUAGCUGAAACCGUAAAAGCAGUAUUCUAGCACAGGAGAGGCAGUAUGGUCAUUGAAAUUGGCAGAUUAUUGGAAGUAUGCCUUAUGACCUAAUAUUUGCCCUUUUGGCAAUGUCGAGCUAGCAGGUUAACUACUAGAACCACCGGCUUCAUGUAGGUUAUAAAAGAUUCUACGGUGUUGUUUUAAAUAAUGCGAAUUUUUUACUCUCAACUACAAACUGACUACAAUUGAGCUUGAAGCCAGCAUCUAAUAAUUUUGUCCUUGUUUGUACCUGAGCAUUGACUUGGGAAGUUGGGACUGCUUAAUGAUGCAAAGAGCCUCAUAACAAUUGGGUCUAGUGGUCCGUCAGCCAUGAUUGGCAGGGAAAGGGGGAGGAGCACUUGAGAAGGGAAUGAGAUUAGAUGUGCUGCUGCUGCAAGUGGGAUUAUUGGUGGUAAUUCAUGGUCAAGGAUGAAUUUGAGAUACAAACUUACAGAGAAAAGGAAGCACAAAAGGUUUAAAAGUUCUGCUCUUCUUUAGAGAAUUCUUGUAAGAGUUUAAUUUUAUACAAGAUUAGUUCAGUGUAAAUUAAUUUUACACCGAUGUCCAAUGAGAAUCCUCAAUUUUGCCAUAUCAUAAUCCAAAAUUUAGUGUUCUUUAAGUAGUAUAUAUUCUUUUUACCUUUAUUUCCUUUCCAUUGUUAAUAGCUGAUUUUGUCAUGUAAAUUAUUAAAAAUCUCUUUUUUUUUCUCCCUUCCCUAAUGAAGCUGCAUGUCAUGAUUUUUUAUCCCUAGUCUCUUGCAGAAUUUAAACUUUAUGUAAUACUAGAACAAGAAAACAUGGCUAAGUUAUGGGUAUGGGAUAGAUCAUGAGCGUUUGUUGGACUUGAACUGUUAGGGACUUACAGGUCUAGGUUUUCUUUUGCCAAUCUUUUGAUAGAGAAGUUGAAAUUUAUCUGUAUUAUUCUCAGAUAAAUCCAAAAUUUUCUAUUUGUUAGGACAAUAUUAUAUAUUAUAAAAUAAAAUG